GAGGGGGGUGGGGUGGGACGGCGCCCAGCCUCGGGUGCUGGCGCGUGGGGGCCGGGCCGCGCGGUGCCUUCCGCCCUUCUGCAGCCAUCUGCAUAUUUUUUCUUUCUUUUUCGCAAUUUUGAACAUUUUGCAGGACGAGGGGUUCGAGGCAGGUGAGAGCAUCCUGCACGUCGCCGAGGAGCCCGCGGGGCGCUUGGCGCGCUCUCCGGGGACCAUCUGCACUGGGAACCCGAAAGUUUUUUGUUUUUAUUUUCUUAUGCAGAUGUAUUUAUAAAGAUAUAAGUAAUUUUUUUUUUCUUGUCUCCACCGCCUUGAAAACGAGUACUUUUGGCAAAGGACGGAGGAAAAAGCUCAGCAACAUUUUGGGGGGCGGUUGGGCUUUUUUUUUUUUUUUUUUAGAAAAAAAAUUUGAGUGCAUCGCGAUGGAGAAAAUGUCCCGACCGCUCCCCCUGAAUCCCACCUUUAUUCCGCCUCCCUACGGCGUGCUCAGGUCCUUGUUGGAGAACCCGCUGAAGCUCCCCCUUCAUCACGAAGACGCAUUUAGUAAAGAUAAAGAUAAGGAAAAGAAGCUGGAUGAUGAGAGUAAUAGCCCGACGGUCCCCCAGUCGGCGUUCUUGGGACCCACCUUAUGGGACAAAACCCUUCCCUAUGACGGAGAUACUUUCCAGUUGGAAUACAUGGACCUGGAGGAGUUUUUGUCGGAAAAUGGCAUUCCCCCCAGCCCGUCCCAGCACGACCACAGCCCUCACCCUCCCGGGCUGCAGCCGGCUUCCUCCGCAGCCCCCUCCGUCAUGGACCUCAGCAGUCGGGCGUCUGCACCCAUUCACCCUGGCAUCCCGUCCCCGAACUGCAUGCAGAGCCCCAUCAGACCAGGUCAGCUGUUGCCAGCAAACCGCAAUACACCGAGUCCCAUCGAUCCUGACACCAUCCAGGUCCCGGUGGGUUAUGAGCCAGACCCGGCAGACCUUGCCCUCUCCAGCAUCCCUGGCCAGGAAAUGUUCGAUCCCCGCAAACGCAAGUUCUCAGAGGAGGAACUGAAGCCACAGCCCAUGAUCAAGAAAGCACGCAAGGUCUUCAUCCCCGACGAUCUGAAGCAGGACGACAAGUACUGGGCCCGGCGCAGGAAGAACAACAUGGCAGCCAAGCGCUCCCGCGACGCCCGGAGGCUGAAGGAGAAUCAGAUCGCAAUCCGGGCGUCCUUCCUGGAGAAGGAGAACUCGGCCCUGCGCCAGGAGGUGGCUGACUUGCGGAAGGAGCUGGGCAAAUGCAAGAACAUACUGGCCAAGUACGAGGCCCGGCACGGGCCCCUGUAGGCUGGCGGUUUUGUGGGCUGGCUUCCGAAUAGAUGGACAAUGUGUUUCCCGCCCGCCCGAUAGCACCACACCUGAAGCAACCUUUCUGACAUCAGCACUUUACCGGAGGCGUAAACACAACGGACUCACGUUCUGGUGUACGUGCGCGCGUGCUUGUGCUCCCGUGUGGUCCAAGGCGCGCGCGCGCGUGCCUUUGCACUUGCCAUGUUAAGGUAGCCCUCUCGUCGUCUUUCAGUUCCGAAAAAGAAAGGUGCCGUGUUUUUACUGGACUGAGGAGACACCCCCUGACACACACACACCCGUGGGGUCUCCUGCCCCUCCCUCCUCCUCCACUCCUCCCCCUUCCAGCGUCGCUCCCGGGUGACUCCCGCCUACUCUUCCAGGACUGUCUGCUGGGCUUCAUCAAGCAGAGUCCUGGUAAACUAGUAGAUCUCAGUUGUCAAGACUACGAGCUCUUGUUUCUGUUUAAUCUGUAAGUUACCAUGCUAAUAAGGUGCACAAAAAUCACUUAGCACUACACUGCAGCUGUCUCUCUCAGUUAUAGGUUGCUUUCCUCAUAUUUUCAGUUUUGGUGAUAAUUGUCUUCAAAUUUAAAGUGCUGUUUAGAUUUACUAGAUCCCAUAUUUACUUACUGCUAUCUACUAAGUUUCCUUUUAAUUCUACCAACCCCAGAUAAGUAAGAAUACUAUUCUAGAACACAGAGUGUGUUUUUGCACUGUCUGUACCUAAAGCAAUAAUCCUACUGUACGCUAGAGCAUGCUGCCUGAGUAUUACUAGUGGGCAUAGGAUAUGUUCCCUACCUAAGAAUUCCACUGUCUUUUACAACACGAAAAUUACAGUAAUGCAUUUGAGCAUGCCCAGAACAUCCCCAGGACAGGGAAGCAGAGGGAAAUGCCAGGUCUCAGAACGAGGGGUUAACUUAUCAGUGUAGGAGCCAAAAACAACUGCAUCUUGGAACAGCUUUUGACAUUGAUCUGUCUGGUUUUGUUUUCUCCCCUCCCCCAACCCCCCCACCCUCCCCCUUUUCUAGUUGCCUUUUUCCAUAUCCCUCUUGAUACUCGAAACAAUUACUUAAGAUUCAGUUUUCCCCAUUUUUUGUAAUAUAUAUAUUUUUGUGAAUUAUACCUUGCUGUUUUUAAAAAUCAGUUAAUUAAGUUAAUAAGUUGAUGUUUUGUAAGACCCUUUUUCCUAGUGGUGUCGUUUUUGAAUGCUUCAUAAAUUAAUGAUUCUGGAGCUUUUGUUUCUUAUUUUCUGUUUGCUUUUUGAACGUAUGUGCUCUUAUAAAGUGGACUUCUGAAAAAUGAAUGUAAAAGACACUGGUGUAUCUCAGAAGAGGAGGGUGUUGUCACAAACUGUGGUUAAUCCAAUCAAUUUAAAUGUUUACUAUAGACCAAAAGGAGAGAUUAUUAAAUUGUUUAAUGUUUAUACAGAGUAAUUAUAGGAAGUUCUUUUUUGUACAGUAUUUUUCAGAUAUAAAUACUGACAAUGUAUUUUGGAAGACAUAUAUUAUAUAUAGCAAAGAGAAAAGGAAAACUAUUCCAUGUUUUAAAAUUAUAUAGCAAAGAUAUAUAUUCAUCAAUGUUGUACAGAGAAGAAGAGCUUGGGGGUUUUUGAAGUCUUUAAUAUUUUAAGCCUAUCACUGAUACAUCAGCAUGUUUUUUGCUUUAAAUUAAAAUUUUAUGACAGUAUCGAAGCUUGGUGUGACGAAUCUCGCUCUAAAAUAUGGAAGAUUCUUUCUUGUUUCCUAUUAGGUCUCAGAAAGAAGUUAACGUCACCCAAAAGCACAAAGUGGAUGUUAGUCAAAUAUUUAUUGGAUGAUACAGUGUUUUUUUAGGAAAAGCAUCUGUCACGAAAAUGUUCACUUCAAAGUUACGAAUUCCUGGAAUGAAAUAUCACUGCAAGCACCCCAAACAAUUCUGUUCUCCUCUGUGGGCACGUGCGUCUUAUGCAAUAUAAGGUUGAUAUCGGUGUUAAGUGUAUGGUUUCUAAUUUGAUAGGUGUUUUGACUUCAAAGAUGAUUGUUCUUUUGUUUCACAAAGUUGUGUAAUGUCAAGAGAUUCUGCUGUUAUUGCAAAGAAACAAUUUGUGCUAGAUUAAAACACCCUUUCAUCAAUGGGA